GACGCCGCAGCCCACCUCACUUCAAACCGGUCUGCCGCAACGUAUACUCGCGUCCCAUCUCCGUUCCAAACAGUAAGCACGUGUUCUUAUCGACAUCCGAAAAACAUGUACCGAUAAUUAAUCUUACGGAGUUGUAUAGUCGAAAACUGCGCUGAUAUCUGUCAUUAUGUACACACAAACAGAGAGCGAUAUCAAAGAAUCAUCAAAGAACCUAAUGAGUGGGGAUUUCGAGAGACAAUACAAGGAAGGGAUGGAGAAAAGUGGUCGUAGGAAUGGAUGUGUGAUUUAUGGUGUAUCUGUGGGAGCUCUAGCCAUAUGGCUGCUCGUGAUAACUGUGGUUCGGGAAGUGCAAAUCGCAAACCUUCGGCAGGAGGUGGAUCAACUUGCUGCGAGCAUGAUUGCGAUGUCAGCGAAUGUCAUGUCCGUUAACCAGAAGCUGACCAACAAUCGUUUGUUUAACGAGUUCAAGAAUUUGGAAGACACGUUGUACGCUGAUGACGAUCAGGAUGGAAACCUUGUAGAUGACGUCAAAGAGUCAAAAGAGGAUAAACAGAGCUACGACUCGCUGGAGAAAUUACAUGGCCUCACGGUGCUGGAAGAUGACAACCAGCUUGCUGAUGAUGAAGACCUUUUUGAUGGGGAUGAUGAUGCUGAGAGCGGGGACUGGUAUCCUGAUUAUGAUAGGAGAAGGGAGAAAGUUGGUACAACAAACAUGGUUCGGCUUACUCCAGAUGACUUCAUGGGCGUGGUGGAGGGAGUCGAUGUUGGGGGAAACUUAAACGAGAUCAAGAGACUGCUAAAUGAAAACCCGGAGAUUAAGGAUAUAGCUCUACCAACGUUGCCAAAUUACACACGCAACAAGCCGACAACAGAAACGCCAGCCAGCGUGCGGGAGACCGUGACAGAAAAACAAAAUGGGCGCGAAAAGCGAAGCGUAUUUCCCGACUCCGCCGCUGACGCAAUAUCAACAGUCACUGCACCUAAAGUCAUUUCGAAGGACGAAGAAAGACGAAAGACAAAGAAAUUCACCCCACCACCUGAUACAAUGAAAAUUCCUGUACACACCGUUUCAAGAACUGCAAGGAAUAGUGACGGAGAGGGAAGACCGUUCAUCGCAGCACACUUUCACGGAAACACAUCCCACCUAAGCACAGAAAUACACGAGCAUUUCAAAGGUAACGGUUUAGUCCGCGUAUCGCACGGCGCUCCCCACGAUGUUUGGUACCCAGCACCCUGGACUCUCGCGUCACCUCAUCCCCGACCCACACUUACCAGAAGUGGCCAUGUUCAUGUGCAUCACACUGGAGUCUACCUUGUUUAUGUACAGAUCUAUUAUCUCGACAGCCAUGACAUAAUAUCGUGGGUUCUACACCGCACCAACCCCUACACUGAGGGUCGAGACACACUCUUACAGUGCGCACAGACGUCACACUCUGUUGAGCCGAUGGACAGACCGAACUCUUGCUUCUCAGCGUCUGCUCUCUUCCUGAGAGCUGGUGACAAGCUGGCAGUAAGAAACACCGGCGGAGAUAGACACUCAUUAAUGCAGCCGGAAAAGAGUUUCAUAGGUCUCGUGAAAUUGGCUGAUGCUGACGAACCAAUUGACGAAUUCUAAGCUUUGUAUUCCGUUCAUUAAUCUGACACCAAUACGUCACUAAAUGGUGAAUAUAUUGUAAACUGUGAUUAAAAGUAUAACCUGAUGUUUAUCAGAAAACUCUAACUGAUCGGAAUAAGAUUGACAUAUUACCUAUAUUGCUUGUUCGUGACAAUGGAAUAUGCAUUACAAUUAUAUUUUAAUACACGCCAUAUUUUUUUGCACCUGGUUUUUCCUAAAAACAGGAAAAUAGAUUUCGGGGGAGAGAAUUAAAGACGACGAACGACCAAAAUCGCUGUUUCUCUCUCACCCUAGUCUAUUACGUAUUUAAAUAAUUGUAAAUACAGAUGUGACUGUGUCACAGUACUUUCAAAGUAUUUGUUAAUUUAUAGUCAAUGCGUGCCAUUACUAAGAGCAAAAUAAUAUUAAUUUUUGUACGUUGAAUUAACUUCUGUAAAUUAAAUUCGUGUGACUUCUUUGGAAGUUCUAAUGAUAUUAUGAUUUCUUGUGCCCAACAACGACUAUACUGGGAGGUUUCAUAAAUAAUAACGAUAGAUCUGUUAUGCCAUUGAUAAUAUAAGUACAUAUUGUAGACAUUUUUAUUGUAAUUUAUUGCUUUAUUGUAUGAAUAUUAUAAGGAAAAUACAAUGUCAUUUUAUAAAGUUAUUGAAU